AUGUCGUCCACACACGAAAUCAACCCAGAUGAGCUGGAGCGCUUAUUGCUCGAUGAAAACUCCACGGACGAGCAGCUCGCGUCCAUGAAAACGGCAUUAGAGCACCUUGCCAAGAAGGUUGAUAGCCUUGCAAGUAAGGAGUUGCCACAGGUGCGUGCCUCAACAGAAAUCAUUGAAAUGAGAUUGGCAAGUCUACGAGAGUGUCCUGCACAGAUGUCACAGGGAGUUUCAACUAGAACCGCUAAGCAGCUAGAGGAUCUCGUAAGCUCCAGAAUAAAUGAGGAGUGCGACCUCAUAGAGCUGGAGCUGCAGCGGUUGAAGGGGUUGGAACAGGAGGCAUACGCUUGCAAAGAGGUAGUAUGCGAGACGCUCGCAUUAGUACUGAAAGCAAGGGCGUUGCAGAGUGACACUGUGAAGCAGAGAGCUGAGCAGCACGGGAAUGUGCUGUCGUAUAAGGUUGAAAAUAAAGCCGCACUUGGACAAGCGGCAUCUCAGAGUAAACAUUCUGAUGGUUUUCGCUUUCAGAACGCUGAGGCAGGAGGCAGCGGAAACGCGACAGAGAUAGCCUAUGAGCAGCUGAAUGUAAGCGACUUCGAUCAUGUCGAGUACCACCUGAACUUCGAUCCAGUCGCUGCUGCUCAAGCCAGAAAAGAUGACCGACUACAGGCCGAGGACCAGGGGCUCGAGCCAAUCGUCGUCGAUGACGUUCCGAAGCCCAGGCUCCAGAAUAAGCUGCUUAACCACUUGCUGCUUUCAAAAUUGGACGGGUACCCAAAGGCAGUAGCUAAGGCACUACCUAAACACAUAAGGGAAGGCAACUUCGACGACUUAGUCAAUGCAAUGAGGUCGAAGUUUGAGCUCUACACGACCAUGGAAAUUGCUCCAAAAGAAGCGGCCUACGAAAUGGUCAAAGCCAUGGCGCAAAGAUGCGAGAGAAGUAAAGAAGUGGCGACAGCAAUGAGGGAAGCUUCUGCAGGUUAUAAUCGAAGUCGUGAGGAACGAAAAAGACGCAUGGCUGGUCAAAAGUUUAGAGCGAGUAACGCAGAGAACCCUGCGUCAACACCAGCAGGCGCAGAUGACGGAAAAGAAGCGCGAUCAGAAGGGGAACACCGGAAACCCCUUGUGAAAUGCUAUAACUGCGACAAGCAGGGGCAUUUGAAAAAGGAUUGUACACUCCCGAAAAAAGCAGCCAAGGAGAAGUCCGCAAACGCUAAUCAACAAGCAGGGACAGCGAGAAUAUUCACUGCAUCCCUGAAGAAGUGGAUCUGUGGUGCAGUGGAGGCUGCGGAUAAGAGCGAACUUGUAGGAGAACAAACAGUAACAGAAGUUCAUCUCCUUGGAAUGUCAAGGAAAGCCUUGUUGGACACGGGUUCCCAAAUCAGCAUCAUACCACUGCGAAUGCUCCAAACAGCUUGGGAGUCAGGUUUUGACUUGGACGCUGAUGUGGAAGAAAUACCACUGGAACAGAAGAAGCAGGUAUUCGAUGCGUCGGGCAACAAAAUGUCCUUCAAGGGAGCCAUCAGGCUAACCCUGCAAAUUGACAGCGGAAGGAAGGAGCGUAUCGCUCUGUUUGUCAUGUCUGGAGGAGAUGGCAUGAUUGUUCUCGGAACAAAUGCACUUCAGAAACUUGGUUAUGGCCUCAAUCACCAGAACCAAACAACUCCGACACGAUUUUACACUGUCGUAAAGAAGCCCCGUAAAGUAAGUGAGGGGACCAAGAAACGGCAGAAGGAAUCUUCUAAUGAUUGCCUCCCAGUCACAAUUGCCAAAAGAGUAUACCUACGCCCGGGUGAGACGAAAUCGUUACGUAUUCGGUGCGAUGGCCCAACGCAGGAGGGUAUCUUCUGGUCUAAGGAGCACCUGCUUCCAGAUGUCAUAUGGAAAGGUGGAAAUCAGGCAGCAAUACUACCCAUAACAAAUACCUUUGCAGGAGCAAAGAUUUUCCGAGUAGGGGAGGAGGUGGGAACCUUCGAGCCUACCGAAGUUGUGGAAGUGCAGCCUGUCAAAUACUCCGGAGACAUGUUGCAGCGCACCGUGGAGGUAACUGGAGAUCGUGAAGAAAAAUUGCUCAGGUUACUGCAAAGUAACAGGACAAGUGAGGAGUGCAAUGAAGCACUGGAGAAGCUUGUCAGGCAUUACGCUCAUGCUUUUGCAGUAAGUGAACAAGAGCUCACUCAAACAACGCUAGUGGAACACAGUAUUGAGACCGGUGAUGCAAUGCCCAUUAGGCAGAAAGCCCGUCCGGUGCCACUAGGCACGCGAGUGGAGCUACGACGCAUUUUGCAUGAUCUGCAAGAACGAAGGAUCAUCGAGCCAAGUAAAUCGAGUUGGGCUUCGCCCAUCGUGACGCUGAUCUCCAUCGAUCACCCGCUGAAUUUGCGUCGUAAAUGUGAAUGUGGACUGUUCGACCAGAUGGCGCACGUGGCCAUUCCGACUCUCAAGCACCCGAUGGCUCGUUCAAAAAGGGUGUCGGACAUGUUUCAAUUAGCCAACGUGGCGUCGAUUUCAGAAGAGGAGUGCUGGGGAGACGAGCGUAAGGAGGAGGAGUUGCGUAUGAAAAACUCCCAAUUCUUGUCGCCAUACGGGCUGGCGUUAGCGAUGCAAGCCCAUCGACGAAGAUGCCACAUCUACUCGGAAGCCAUUGAAGCCGCGCAGGGGAUGCGCUUCGAGCAUCCCGCUUUGUUUCCGUGGGCCGUGAAAUAUGAUGUCGGUGCCCACAUCACCACUGCAUUGGCGAUGCUAAAAACACAUCAACCCCUGCCGUCGUCUUUUGGAAGAGUCCACACCGAAGUGGACUACGGCAGCGAGAUGAUCGUGUACGUCUAUCAGGACUGGGAGUUGCUGGCCCAGAAAUUGCUGGAGGUCAACAUCGUCACAGCAAUUAUACUCGUAUGGCCAGAUAUAAUGCCGUCGGGAAGAUCGAUGAGGCAGGUCCUUAUAGCGCUGGAGCGCCACCUGCAGCCAGGCGGGACGCUGCUAUUCUUCCCCAGUCCCUAUGAGGACAGUAAUGUGACGGAAUGGUCUAAAAUGGGACGAGUAUGUUCCGAGUUCGUACGCUUUAUGACGACUGCCGACCGAGGUUUUGAAGCCAUCGUCCGGGAUCACUACACCGAAGUUUUGGAGUCGGCACCGUAUACUCAUCCCGCAAUGUGCCUUGGGACAGACCCAAGAUUCAAGCGAUCACCGUUCAAUGGCAGACAAAUUGUACUGUUCUUGGAGAAGCUGCGCGUCACGAUAGCUGAUAUCCUGAGACUGCGAGAGUUCAAAGGCCGCCUUCAAACGAGCUGA